AUGUUGCUCACAACAGCCCUAACCUAUGAAAUCUGGUGAAAUCAUUGUGAAUUCUGAAUUGUAUUUACCUAUCUUAAAAAAAGCUUAAAUAAUCCAGUUCCUUUCAGUGAAAAUUUCCUUCAGUGACUAGUCUAACAGGAUCCUUCAGACUUCUAUUCAGUGCAUCUUUGAUGUUCAGCACAUAGUCACCCAUUAACUCAAUGCACCUUCAUGACUCCCAUCGGUGAAGCAUCAUGGAUUUGAACACAAGCGUAAUUUUGGUGGGAAGUAAUGGUCAGUCUUUUAUUCUUCAGAACGAUGCCAACAUUCUCAACUCGGCUGCAUGCACCGAGCCUAGCAUUAUCACUAACCUCCAGUCAAUUCAAGCAGAUAGUUUUGCAUACAAUCUCAACUGCACCAACGUAGAAACUGCAGACAAAGACUCUCUUGGUGCAAAUCCACAAAUCGUUGCAAUUCUCAACGAAAGUCAGGCCCAGACUUUUGAGAUCACCUCAGAGCAAGCAACGCAACUUGGGCUGCAAUUUGACAGUAAUGAUCUCUCUAAAAAGAAACUGAUCCUGAGCAGUGACGAUAUUAGCACCAUCUCUGUGCCACCCCAUCAAGAAUUAUCGACUCAAUCUGGCUUAUUCAAUACAAACUAUAAUUUAAGUAUUGUAAACUCUCCUGCUGUCAGCACCAGUAGUAGCACACCGUUUCUUGAAUCCCAGUUUGUAGACACAUCAAAAAAAUUCUCCCUGGAGCCAGUCCUAACAGUCAGCAACACAGCUCUUCAAGCAGACUGUACGGAGUCAUUUUUGCUGGAAUAUGGAGCCAAGCUUAACAACAAAGAAGUUACCCCAUCACUGCCAGAAUCAGUCUCUACAAAUACUCCAGCAGAACAGCAGCCAAUUCAGAACAAUUUAGUCAGACCUGAACAGUCAGUCUACGAUUCCAUUUUUCUUAAAGAGCCAAACUAUGAAGAAAUGUGUGGAGCGACGAGUUUACCUGACUUAGUAAAAAGCGUGAAAAAGAAGAAAGUUGAAACUAAGAGGCCACGAGAUGGAAUAGCAGAUGUUCGGAAAAGUCUAGCAAGCCUGAUACGAGUUCCUUCUCCUGUCCAUGACAAGGCUGUUGAUAAGACUUUGGGCAAUACAUCCUUCACUUGUGAAAAUGAUAAAGGCUCAAAGCUUGAAAGCACUCCGUCUUCAGAAGUGCCUGUUUGUUCACCCAAUGUUUCAAAAAUGUCUGCUGUUCAUAAUUCUUCAAGUGUGACGAAAAGUUCCUCUAUAAACUCUCAAAGUGCACUCAAAGAGCCAAAAAAAUUCAAGCCUGGAUCAGCCAGUGCAAAGAAGCAGUCAAGCCAAGAGAGUGAUGAAAGGCUGGAUGUCACUGUCAACGCUCAAUCCUUGACCAAAGAACAGCUUAACGCGAUUGCUCAAGUCUUCUCAAACAAGCAAAUCAUGUUGGAUACCAAAGCACCAUCAAAAAAUGUAUUGUAUGAUCCUGAAACCAACACUAGGAUUAUUUGCAGAGUGGUUUACCCAGAAGACCUGUGCAAGAAAAAGACUGCUGACCCAGUUCCCUUCGAAGGAGAGAAAAAAGACUUAGAACCCAAUAAAAUUCUUGUCAAAAAAAGAGGACGACGUUCGAAACUGAAAGAUGAUGAAAAGUCCUCUACAGCUAACAAAAAUGAAACUAAAACUGUGCCAUCCAGCGCUGACAAGAAAGUGGACGAAUCUGACCAGAAUUUAGAAAAGAUGCUAGUGGCAUUAUCACGCACAACUCGCAGUGGUCGAGUGUCCAGACCUCCUCGACAUAUGGCCACAAAUAAGAUUGCAGAUGAAACAAUCCCUACGCCCUAUCAAUCCGUUUCUUCUCAACCAAAACCAGAACCGAAAACUUUUGCUUUUCUGCCAGAUGUAGUCAAGAAACGCAACGUUUCAGCCGAGUUCAAAUGUCCAACUUGCGAGAAAGUUUAUCUUGGUCAAGCCAAAAUGGCGAUGCAUUUUGAGAAAAAUCCAACGCACAGGAACUUGGAAAAGUGGAAUGAAAUCUUGCAAUCUCUAAAAAAGACUGACUCAAAAAAUACAUCUGAAGAUGCCGGAUCCAAAGCAAAAUGCAGCACAGGAAAGAAGAAAGGUAAAAAGAGGAGAACCUAUGAAGAAUGCAAAAUUCUCUUGAAAAAGGCACUAGAAGACUGUUCAAAAACGGAUGUUGCAUCGUUGGCUGGUCCAAUCGUAGCAAGCGUCCUUUCUGUAUGGGAAUUUCUCGUUUUGCGCUCAGCCAAAGUAAAAUCGGAGAAUGAAAAUCAUGUUCUUGCUCUGUUGAGGGAGCUGAAGGCAUUGCUCAAUCAAAUUAAAUCAAGUGCUGAUGCCCUUAUCUCGCCCAUUAGCUGUGCACAGCUGGAUUCUCACACGGAGACGACCAAUCAAAUUGAAAUUGGGGAUGAUACAACUAGUCAUGUUUUGGGCGUACCGUGCGGAAAAUAUUGUGUCAAUAGCAAUUAUGAAAACAACUGGCUCAAAUCUUUUUCGGAAGGGAGUAAGAAGCUGACAGAAAAUAACACUGAUUCAAAACGGCCUCGACAUGAAGAAGAUAUUAAUCUGUGGCCCUCUUCAGAGAACCCCACUCAGUUACCACCCACUGUGCCCACUGAAACUUUCGACAAAGGUGAAAAUGACCUCAAUGCAUCAAAUCUCCUUCUCCCAGAGAAUAAUCACUCCUCAACGAGCUAUAUUGAUGAGAUAAUGUCUCAAAGACUUGAAAAUUUGCGCACCCAACAGCAAAAUGAACUCAACGAUUGCUUCACAAGUGUUGAUGACCUCAUCAACGAUUUCUCCGUUGCUAUUGGGAAAAAGUCAGAAAUCAUUCAAAACUAUCCCAUCGACAAGUGUGAUACUAGUCUGGAUCUCAACUUCAGCUUUCCCCGUAGCGAACUCAUCAGUGACUUUCAGCUCAUGAACGAUGAGAACAGGUUCGCAGGCUCAGCUUCCGAGCCAGGUCCAUGUUCGAGCUCUCUUGUUAAUUAUCCUAUAGAUGAUUCUGUAUAUGACAACAUGAGUUCAAUGCAGGAUGUGAUUUCAGAUGAUACUGAUCUCAUGAAGUCACUAGUAAACUUUGAGUUACGGCAAAAUGAGACGCUUAAUUUUGAUUCAAUGAACCAAUUUCCGCUGCAUGAGAAUGUGACUGGUGCUUCGGAAUUUCGUGUUGAUGGUACAGGAUUUGAUCGAGUUGGACAAAUCAGUAGUUUAGUGUUGCCACAGGGGACAAAAAUUCUGAAAGAGGACCCAAGAGAUGAGCUUGAUUUUGUGCAUUCUUUGGAUUGUUUAAAUCCGUCAAUUUAACAUCGCGUAACUUAGUACUGAAGGAGUGGAUAAGCUUUUUAUUUGCUAUCGUGGAAGUGUUGCUUUUUUAAUGCUGUGAAGCACUUAUUUCCCUUUGCAAUUAUCGGGUGCUUUUGGUGAAUGGUGCAACCUCAAAACAGCCUCUUUCAAUUAAGUACAAACUUAUUUCUUAUCUUUAGAUAAUUCCAUGCCGUUUGGAGUUUUUUAAGAAUUUCUGGGUCCAUGGAUUGUUUUCAGUCUGUUUGAGUCGAUAUAUUACAGAAGACAACAAAAAAUCAUCACAGAGAGAGAAGAGACUCUUAUUGUUAGCCAUCAGUCAUUUUGCCAAACCUUUCAUGCUGAAUUUUAGCGCUGGAGUUUCAAAGUAGUUUAGCCCUUAAUUUCAAAUUAUGGUUAAAUGGAAACCCACCUUGGGAAAGCUGUGCUAACCAAUCAGGUGUAUGAAUAUAAAUCUAAAUUUUCUAAAAAUUUAGAUUUCAGCUUCUUCUGCCGUUUCUGUUACAAAGUAAAUUUAAAAAAUAUUUAAUUAGACAUAGUUAUAGCAUAUCUUAAUCAGUUGUAAACUGAUUAUCAUCUCUGACACCCUAGGUGUUUAACGUUACACUGGUACUUUCUAUAAAGAUCACAAAUGUUUGUAAGUUUUUUUACCCCUGCAUUUUUAAAAUAAGCUGACUGAAUUUACAAUGAUAGUAUCAAGCCAACUCCAAGCAAGCAAGGGAUUCCGCCAGUCUUAAUUUUAUCCUGAUUUUGCCCGUUCUAAUUUUCAUCCUCUCCUUCCUUCCUUAUUUUAAUUACUGUGAUAUUUUUGUGCAAGUUCUCCUUAUAAAUUUCUAAUAUGUUUUCUACUGCCUUAUUGAUGAAAGAAGCAAGUUCAAAUAUAAAUGAGUUUAAUCACUGUAAAUGCAGAGUGUAUAUAUACAUACAGGCAAGGAGGGCUAGACUUAGGAUUUUUUGGCUCAUAGAAGCAGUCUAGGGUACAUACUCCCCUAAAAUGCACCUUCUUAGGAGAAAAUUCCUAAUAGAGGAAGCCUAUCUCGUUAAAAUUUGACAUUGUAACCACUUUUAAACGCAAUUUGAGGCGUUUUUUGGUAUACAUCAUGAGAGGUAAAAGAGUUGAGGGCUCCUUAUAUACCUAACUAUCCAGCUAUGAGAAAAGGGGAAAACACUUUGUCCAAAAAAAAAAUUAAGAUACCUAUUCAUUUUGAGGGGAAGGGUAAAAAACUUUUUAGUGCAGGCCCGUAGACCCUUGCCUAAUGUGUCAACACGGUAAAUCUAGCUCUGCUAGUGAAAGGUUUAGAAUUUUAACAGCACUAGAGAAUAGCAUUCUUCUCACAACAAAAUACCCCUCUCAUUUAUGUAUUGAGUCAAAUUAGUAGAAAACAUAUGAGCAUAAUUUUUCAUUUUGUGUACCUGUACAUGCAAAUAACUGAAAGCAACGUUCCAAGACCGUCUUUAGCUUUAAUUUUUAAAAGAGGGUAUCUUUAUGUUUAAUUUCAGUGGAUAUUGAAAAAUUUGAUCCAUGUCUAUUGAGUUUCCAGGUCUUAAAAUGAGAGGCAGAAUUUAAGUCCAUGAUUAAAAAAUACUCUAAGAAGUAGAAAUUCUGACUAGGACUGAAUUCUGACUGUCUCACAUGUCAAAUACCCGUAGAUAUCCUGUUGCAAACCAUGAUUACUACUUAUCUUCUAUCGAUAAAAUAUUUCAAUUUGCUUUCUAUUAGUUACCACAAGAAUUACGAUAGACCUAUGGUCCGCCGUAAAGGGGACCUCAGCCCACGAAAACUCUUAAGUCAGAGCAUAAAAGAGUUCUCAUAGAAAAUUUUGGAUAAAAAAAUGUCAACUCCAACUGAAGAUUGGUGGUUGGAAAUUACAAGGGUGGAUAAUUAGCUUUUGGAAUCUACAUACGUCCAUAUGAACUUGAAUUACAAUUUUUAUAAGUAAUUCAAUUUUAAGUAACCCCCUCUCAUUCAAUUUAUCUAAGAUAUUCAUCAAAAAGCAUGAAAAAACGUGAAAGAUUUUGCUUUUUUUGGAAUAAAAGGCAAGUGAAUGGUUUUAUCUCAAUGUUCUUAUUUUUAUAAAACAACAUCAAUCUAAUUUAUGUAGUCAACUAUUCUAAGUUCUCACUUGAUAAUAAUUUAGUAACUAACGGCGUUUUUUUUUUUCUUGUACUUAUCUUCUUUUUUUUCACAAUUUUACAUAAUUUCUACAAAGAACAACUAUCCUUCUUCAAAACAUAUCUUGUUAUCCUUUUUAUCCCACUUCAAGUGAGUUUUAUUAUACCCAUUAAUGUAAUAACAAAAAAAGUUCAGUUUUUUCCGCCUUUUUUUUCCUCAAGAAGUAUAGUUAUUUCAGGUAUUUUCAAACUGUUAAAUUUUCCAGUCUCUCGGAAGCUUUUAAGAGCGAAGAAGGAGAAAUAAGAAGACGGGUGGAACUCGUUUUACAGUUUCAUCUUUGUUGACUAGCACCGCUGCCAUCGGCACAAGUCUGUCGUUGAUUUUUUCUCCCAUUGUUUCUCAUUCUUGCUGUGUUCGAAUUGCGUAGAUACUUACGCAGGCAAACCAUUUACUCUAAAAAUAAAAAUGGAACAUUUGUAACAACAAAAAUCAAUCUCUCAUUACUUAUGACACAUUUUCUGCCACUCAUGCUUCUCUCUUGUUUCCCUUGUAUCUUUAUUCACCCAGUAUCAUCAUAUAUACAAUAAUUUACAAAAGACAGAGCAUAAUCUCUUGUUUCUGAUCAUUUUAAGUAUCUUGUUUUCAGGUGUACGCUCACUUAUGGUAUUUGCCAUAAAAUUGUUCCUUCUUGUCUCAUCAGAGCAUACCUUAGGUGUAAGUUCUCCAUAAAUGACUGUUCACACAUCAUGGAGAAUUAAAUUUACAUUGUUCUCAUUAUUUUCUCGUUCUAGAUUUAUAUAUGUACUUUGUUUUCUUCGCCUACGAUUUCUAAAUUUUUUACUUUAUUUAUACCUAUUUAGGAAAUGUCUUUAUUUUUAAAUAAAUUUUUGUGCUGCA